AUGCAACGAAAAUAUUUCUGCACUUUUGUUUUAACGAUAAUCAAUGGCUUGAAUUUUAUGGAUAGGAAUACGAUUGCAGGUGUUCUAUCUGAUAUUCAAGAUUAUUUUGAUAUCUCUGACACAAAUGCCGGUCUCAUUCAAACGACAUUCUUUUGUUUUUAUAUGUUCUCUGCUCCACUUUUUGGUUAUCUUGGUGAUAGAUAUAAUAGAAAGUACAUAAUAAUUGUUGGAAUGAUUAUAUGGAAUCUCGCUGUGUUGGGAUCGUCGUUUAUGCCACGAAAUAAGUUCUGGUUGUUCUUGAUAAUGAGAGGAGUCGUCGGGAUUGGUGAAGGAAGCUUUUCAAUCAUUGCACCAACUAUUAUUGCUGAUUAUUUUGGAAGUUUUCGUCGUGCUCAAAUGUUGACGAUGUUUUACGUGACGAGCGGGGUUGGAGCUGGUCUCGGCUUUGUGGUUGGCUCAAAUGUUGCAAAUGCGGCGAAUGAUUGGCGUUGGGGUGUACGAGUUGGGCCAUUCAUUGGAAUUAUUGGUCUAAUCAUGGUGACAAUCUUUGUUUAUGAGCCAGGUCGAGGAGCUGCUGAUCUCGAAGAAAUCGACGAGAUUCCCGAGAAAGCAGUGAAACCAAUCGUAAAAACCGUUCAAAAUAAGGACCCAUAUUGGAGUGAUGUUUUGAAUAUUAUGAAAAAUCCAACUUAUGUACUUUGUUCGGUCGGGAAUUUGAUGAAUCUGUUGGUGACGGCGACGCUCUCUUGGUGGGCACCCACUGCGUUUAUUAAUGCACGAGCUGCAAUCAAAGGUUUCAACUCAACCGAUGAUUUGACCGCAGCACAGAAAGAUGAAAUCACUCUGAUGUUUGGAGCAAUCACCGUUGUGGCCAGUCUUGUGGGUGUAAUUCUUGGAACAGUUUUGAGUCAGAAACUCGAGAAAAGCACUUUACCCUCUUUGGCCAAAUGGAGACCCCGAGCCGAUCCACUCAUUUGUGCACUUGGAGCGAUCAUCGGCACGCCAACAAUGCUCGGAGGAUUGCUCUUGUCAAAGGACCAUCUAUCCGUGACUUUCGUCUUGAUCUUCAUCAUGAUUGUUGGUAUCGCUUUUCCAUGGGCUUUAAAUACAAAUCAGACCUUGAGAGUAGUUGCGCCACAAAGACGUAGCGUGGCUCAAGCUUGGCAAAUAAUGUUCGCUCAUUUGUUGGGCGAUGCGCCAGGUCCGUGGAUUGUUGGAAUGAUCUCCGAUUGGCUUCGAAACGGGAAAACGGGACCUAACGAUCGCUGGCAUGCUCUGACAAUUGCACUAUUGCUCCCGAAUUUGAUCUGCGGAAUUAGUGCUAUUUUCUUUGCACUUUCAUCUAUAACUAUAGUAAGAGAUCUAAAAAUCGUUCAAGACGAGCUGGAUGCUGCGGCGAAAAUCCUUGAAAAAGAACAAGACUAUUCGAUAGAAAGAUCACUGGGAAAUGACAAUGAUGCAUUCGAAUUUAAAGAGAAAUUU